UCUUCCUUUUAGUUUGGUGGGAACAGUAAACUGAACAGAGAGCUUUUGCUGAACUUUUUGUUUGAUAGAAAAUCAGCUGUAGGUCAGAUUUUAUCAAAACAUUUUUGACUGAUUUUGUGCUUCUUGCUUCAGUGUUUGGAUUUUUGAACAGUUUCUGAACUCGGGACAAGGCACGCUUUACGCACACAUGGCGAACGCUUGUAUCCAACUGAGCGGAUUUCUCCUCAGCACCCUUGGCUGGAUCAGCAUCGUGAUCGCCACGUCCACAAACGACUGGGUGACGAUGUGCAAAUACGGCCUGAACACCUGCAAGAAGAUGGACGAGUUGGUCUCUAAGGGACCCUGGGCAGAGUGCGUCAUCUCGACAGCGCUCUACCACUGCGUGUCCCUGACUCAGAUCCUUGAGCUGCCAGCCUUCAUCCAGACAACCCGAGCCCUGAUGAUCAUCGGAUCCCUCCUGGGCCUCCCUGCCGGGGGGAUGCUCCUCAUGGCCAUGCCCUGCAUCAGCCUGGGCAACGAGGCCAAGAGCUCUAAGAACAAAUUUGCCAUCCUGGGAGGAGUGCUGAUGCUUGUAGUCGCGAUGUGUGCCAUGGUGUGCACCAUCUGGUUCCCCAUCGGCGCCAAUCGGGAGCACGGCCUCAUGGCGUUUGGAUACUCCCUUUACACCGGAUGGGUGGGCACGGUUUUUUGCCUGGUUGGUGGGCUGAUGGUCGUCUGCUCAUCAGAUUCCUCCUCCCCUUCCUCUCGCUCCUACCAGGACAACAACCACUUUUACUACUCCAAGCAAGGAGGUGGCAACCUGCCUGCUGCCUCCUCGUCCAACAACCAUGCCAAAAGUGCCCACGUCUGAGACUGGAGACACCGAAUCCUCCUCGAACCUACAGGGAGACGUCUGUGUUUAUACAGAGACAAAAGCACAAAAUUGAACAAAUAAUCGUGUUCAGUUUGCAUGUCUGGUCUGUUCUGGAGGAAGAAUGCUGGAAAGUGUGAAGGAACGUGUUCAAAACCUUAAAUGAGCAAAUCAUUCAACCAUGAACAUACUUU